AUGUCCAACAACCCUUAUAACCGUAGCAACACCUCUGUUCCACCCUCCAUCAACGAGCCCUUGGACGCACCCCCUGCCUAUACCCCUGUUAGCCCCAACACACCCAACACGGGCAAGUCUGCCAAUUCUUUCGAAUCAAAGCAGGAUACUUCCAAGCUCUCCGUACCUGGUGCAAGCAUGCCCAACGCCUCUGUUGCUAGCUUUUUGGAUGAGGAGCGCGAGCUCCCACCAGGGUGGAUCCGCCAGUGGGACCCGAACCAGAAACAUCAUUUCUACGUUGAUACGAAGGCCAAGCCUCCCCGUUCUAUCUGGGUGCACCCGUAUGACGACCCAACUUUCAUCGCUUCCAUCCCCGAUAGCUCUGCACCGAAGAAGUUUGCUCCACCGCCUGGUCCUCCACCCGAGGACCAGGACACGAAAGCCAGCGGCUCCGGUUCGGGAAAGAAAGGCGUGUUCGGCAAUGUCAAGGACAAGCUGCAGGGUACGCCUGAGGAGCGCCAGCAGCGCCGGAUCGCGGCCGAGAAACGGGAAGCAGACAUGCGGAGGAAAUACGAGCAGAGACAGCAAGAUAUUCAGCGACAGGGGUAUCCGGGGCAAUACAACCAGGCUCCACCACAGGGAUACGCUCCACAGCAGGGAUACUAUCCCCCGCAGCAAGGAGGCUACUAUGGCGGGUACGCCCCUCAGCCUUAUUAUCAGCCUCAGUAUGCACCACCGCAACAGCAGUACCAGCAGCGGUCGUCUGGCUGGGGAGGGGGAGGGAUGGCUCUUCCGCUGCUAGGCGGUCUAGCCGGUGGGUUCCUUCUGGGCGAUAUUCUGGGCGAUAUGGGCGAUGGCGGUGAUUGGUAGAUGGGUUGGUCUCUUGCUGAAUUGCUUUCUUCUGUCACUUUCUCGCUUUCAAGAUGAGCCUUCUUUUUCUCUUCCAAAUUGAACCAUUCCGUUGUUGUAUUAGUUCAUGUCGUACAUACAGUAGAACACAAAUCCGUUGUAUGACUAUCAAGCUCAAAC